CGGCGGCGGGAAGGGGACUUCAUCAAUAGCGGCUGUCACCACCAUUCCCUGGCCUGUCUGCCUUCCUGCCACUGCGUAGGGGAAAAAAAUGUAAUGAAAGGCAAAACAAGCUGUGAGGGAGAGAGGGAGAGAGGGAGACACACGAGGAGAGAGAGAGAGAGAGAGCGGGUGAGAGCGAGCGCUGGAUAAGAAUGAGUAAAGAGACACGGAGGAAGAGGGAUGCACGAUACAAUGGACGAAACGGCAAAGGGACGCUGCGACGAGUGACCGAGAGAGGGCGAGACGUUGAUCAAACGAGAGCACCGUAAGGGCAACAGAGGGGGAAACGGCGAAUAAAAGGCGCAGUGUGUGCGUGCCGUGGCGGAGACGCGAGGUGAGGGGAUGGGAGGGAGAGAGCGAGACUGAUGAGGCUGCUGCUGCUAUGGCGUUGUGUAACGGCGGGUGUCCCUUUGUCAGGCAGCUCACGUAGUCGUCUCCGCCGCGAUAUGCAUCGCAAGCUCCGCGUCCGCCUUCAAACAAAGAGAAAUCUCGAGGCGAUGGCAACCUCUCCUCUGCACGUCGAGCGGAGCCCAUGGCCGGUGAGAGGAGGAUGGACGAGCUUGUAGGGGAACUGGAGGUGGAACGGCGCAACCUCAAAAGAGAGAAGCAGGCAGUGGCGCGGCUGCAGAGGGAGGUUGCCCGGCAUCGAGGCGAGGGCUCAAUGCGUGAGCGCCUGAUGUGCGACCUGGAGAGCGAGCGACGCUUACGGCUGGAGAGCGAGAAGCGUCUGCAGGAAGUGACGCGCGAGCUCACGCAGUGCCGAACCCAGCUCCGUGCUCUCAGGGACCAGUUCGAAAGGAUGGAAGAAACGGUCCAGGAUUUGAUGCGUGGGCAGAGUCGCGUGAACCCACCGGCCGGCAAGGCAACGGCCAAUGGCUCUUCUGCCCAGGACGUGAUUUCGGGCCCGGAUUACACGCCGCCUCCGCGGAGCGCCGACGCCGUCAUCCCGGAGCUGCAGGCGAGCGGCGUGGUGGGCGACGCCGGCUUCGAGGAGGAGAGGAAGAAGAUCCGUGCCCUCUUGGAACGCCUGCAGAGCCUCGAGGCGCAGAACUCGGCGCUGUCUCUGGAGAACGAGAGCCAGCGGGAUCAGUACGAGCGCUGCCUGGACGAGGUUGCCAACCAGGUGGUACAGGCGCUCCUCACACAGAAGGACCUGCGCGAGGAGUGCCUGAAGCUGCGGACGCGCGUAUGCGACCUGGAGGAGCAAAACCGCAGCAUGAGCAUCCUCUUCCAGCAGAAGCUGCGCCUGCCGUCGGAGGCCACGCUGCAGGCCGGAGUGGCGCUGGGCGUGGUGGAGGGCGGCGCGCUGUGCCGCGGGGUCGGCUCGGUGCCCACGCUGGGCCGCCGGCGCCACCGCCUCGUCACCAGCAGCUGCAGCAGCAGCAGCGAGAUCUCGCUGUCCAGCACGUGCAGCGAGCUGUCGACGCACUCCUGCCCCUGGCCCGCCGAGCAGCGAGAGUCCACCGCAGGGCAGAAAGUGGAGAUGAGGGACGGGCGGCACGCGGACAAGGAGCAGGGGAAGGAGUCGGCGGGGAGCGAGAAGGAUCGACCGUCCAGGGCGGAGGAGCAGAGGCGGAGUGGCAGCGUGGAGCUGGGGGCCCUGCCCAGCUCCCACGAGGAGGCACUCAAGCGGCAGCAGAGGAAAGAGAUGAGCAUCCUGCAGGGCCUCCGGCAGCUCGUGUCCAGGGAGCCGAUUCCUGCGCCGGACGAUCGAAACAGCCUGCGACCAGGCGAGUGGACCACCGCCCACCGGGACCUCAUGAGCUCCAACGAGGGCAUCUACUCGCCCGGCUCCAAGCACAACGACUUCCCCGGCGUCGUGGCGCACGCCUCCGUGCGCCUGCGCGGCGUGCAGCCGCACCAGAAGUGCUCGUACGAGUCGGACUCUCAGGAGGAGAGCGAGGACGACGCGAGGGGCGCCAGCCUGGACCCCGUGCCCUGCAAGGAGUGGACGCUGCCCUCCUGCCUGCGCCUGCCCCACAGCCUCUCCGACGGCCUCUUCGGCCCGGGGCCCCGCGCGCCCUUCCCGAGGACGCCGCGCUGCGUGUACCAGGUGCGCGGCGUGGACGAGAGGAUCGCCGGGUACCUGCCGCGCUGCCAGAGUCUGGGCAAGGCCUCGGAGAACUGGAGGUUCGGCCUGACCACCAACCGCGUGCAGGUCAGCCUGAAGGGUGGCGAGGAGCCGGCCGGCAGGCAGAACGGCGAGGGCGGCGGCGGCGGCCGCUCGACGCUGGGAGCUGCGCCCGGCGCGGCGUUCCCCAACAUCUCGGUGUCGCUGGCGCAGUCCGUGCACAAGACGGUGACGGGCCAAGUGAGCUCGCUGUGCGGUCAGGUGAUCUCGCUCUCCGGUCAGGUGACCACGGCCGGUGACCGCCCCAGGAUGCUGCAGUUCGUGAAGCGGACGGCGGUGGCCGCGGCGGACGCGCCGGUGAAGCCUGAGGAGGAGGCACCAGGCCCAGCCGUGAUUUACGUCACCAAGGACUGUUGCCCCUCGCAGCUGGGGUCCGGGGUUCAGAACCCCGGCGCACCGGCACUUCACGUCAGAGGCUCUGCCAGGCAAGAAGUUAAUUACACUGAACUGGAGCCCGAGGCUGCCUCAGCCAGCAGAGCCGCGGACUACGCAGUGUUGGAGUCUCCCACGGAGGAGCAGCCGAUAAGAGACUCCGAUGGCAGCAGUGGAAAGGCGGCGCCGCCCGCCCCCGCUGGAAGUUCAACCACUGGAAACAUGUCUCAGGUGACCUCAGGAUCUACGUCGGCCUCGAGUGGUCACUCGCACAGUGCAGCGCCCACUCUGGCGAUGUCUCACGGUGCUCAGCAACGCCUGAUCAAGCCGCCGUACAGCGGGGGCCACAAAAGCAACGGCCUCUACUCCGCGGGGUUCGCCGCGGCCUCCUCCUCACCCAGCGGCCCCAGGGUGCCGCUGGGCCGGAUGUCGGGUAAAUCUCAGAGUCUGCCGCAGCAGAUGAAGGUCCCUUGCAAGGCGGGGGGGGACCCCAGCAGUGGAAAUCCGCCGGCGUUCAGGAGCAAAAGUCAGGAGAAGGCCGGCGGCUGCGCUCCUCACGACAAAUCACCGGGCCCCUCGUCCCCCGCCAAGUUAUCCAGGUUCCUCAAGAUCCCCAGCGUGGGCAGCGGCUUGGGUGUGAAGUCCGACUUGGCCAACCCCACCAGGGGAAGCCCCCAGCUGCCUCGCAGCUCCCGGAUCCCCUGCAAGAGCGAAGCUGCGGCCGCCACAAAGCUACCCAACGGCGGUGGCCCCGCAAGCCCGUCGCCCGAGGCCGCUCCUCCUCCGGGCAGGAAGACCGUCCCGGUGGCCACUCUCUCCAGGGCGGCCCAGCAGGCCGCGCCCACGGCGCCGUCACCGGCCGCGGCGCCGCCGUCGCCGGUGCCGGUGCUCUCCCCGGAGCACCAGGAGGAGCCCGUGCGGGACAGCGCGUCCGGCGGGGUCAAACCCUCGCACCUCGCGUCGCCUCCCGCCCCGCCCCCGCCGGGCCGCUCCGCCUCGCUGCUCAUCAAGCCCAACUACGACAUCCCUCCCAGCAUGACGCUGCUCAGGCCCAGCUACGACUCCCAGCAGAGCCUGCUGAGGGUGCGCUGCGGCAAGGAGCAGCAGCAGGCCGCGGGCGCGGCACGCGGGGGGGCCGCCAGCCGCCUGCCCGUCGGCUCGCCGACCCACGCCUCCAAGCCGGCGGCAGUGCCCAGGGUCCCGCAGUCGCUGCACAAGUCCCAGAGCUCCGUCUCGGAAGGGGUGGGCUAUUCUCAGACGUUGGCACAUGUUUCAUCACAUCAGCAGCCCAGGCCUAACCACGGCUCCAUGCAGCAGCAGCAGCAGCAGCAGAAGUUUCAGUUGCCUCAGAGUCAGAGCGAAGGGAACAUGACUCAAAAUCAAGCAAUACUCUCACCUAAGAGGACCGUUAAUAAUGUCACGCAGCAUACUGAUGCUACCAAGAGCUGCUUGACAAUGAAAUCUCCGGUGCUAAUCGAGUCCUACAAUGCCCUGUGCAGCAGCAGCAGCAGCAAUGUGCCGGAGCGGCAGAACAAUUUUGUAGCAAAUGUCACCACGAGCUUCACUGCUUCUGUGCGUCCAACAAAUGGGUUAAAUUCCCCACCCGUCAGCAGCAAAGGCGAAAGAACGUCGAACAAAAAAGAGUUGAAAUUGGAACGCGCUCACGGCGACCCUCAGGAAGUAGCCGAACCUUUGACGAGUGUAACGCCGCCCUCUAAAGAGCCGGACCGAGCGAGCGAUGCGGCGACGUGGGCGAGCAAGGGAGUGCCACCGUGCCCCCGAGCGUCGGACGAGGCGAACUCCCUCGCGACGCACGGGUGCGCGUCGUCCGACCUCGACGCCAAGCCCCACCCAGGAGAGGGGCCCCUCCCCUCUCCCCUCUCGUCUCCCGCCAUGAGCUCCGGCGACGUGGAGUUCCGUGACGAGCUGAAGGGCCUGCGUGGCACGCCGCAGUCGCCCGGCACGGCGCGCCCCUACCCCAAGCCGGCGCUUGGCAUGAGCGGCACCAAGGUGCGCAGCCAGAGCUUCAGCGCGCAGCCCGGCAGCCGCGAGAGGAUGCCCGCCGCCAGCUCGGCGGGGGAGCUCAGCCCCAAGAUCCGAACGCACAUCAUCACCAACACGGCCGAGCGCGGGAUUCCACUGAGCCGCCAGUCGUCGCUCACGACCCCAGAGCCUCCGAGGGUUGCCACGCCCUCAGAACAGCAACAGCAGCAGCAGCAGGAGGAGGAUCACGCUGCGACCGAGCUGCAGCUUUGCGUGCUCGUGUCCGAGCCACACGGGUUGGAAUCCGCCGGCGAGAACGGGUACGACGUCUUGGAGGCGGUGACCGAGAGCGAGCUGCUCAAGCACUGCGCGCAGAACUUCCACAACGUCACCAUCGUGCAGGAGGCGAUCACGGCGCAACCAACGACCUUGGCCCUCGAGGCGGACGAAGAGACGGAAUGCGGCGGAGUGGAGCGGAGCCAUGGCAGUCCCACCAAGCUCCCGAGCCGUUUGCCAGCCAGGGCCGAGAGAGAGAAGGUAUCGACGAAGCCUGACGGGCCGCGCUCGCCAACGCAUUCUGAGAGGCUGGACGACUCCCUCCCAGAGGACGGCGGCCACAGAGUAUCCCCUGCCAAGGUGGAAGGGGUGAGAAGUCCGGGAAAGUUGGAAGAUUUCAGAGCAAGGCAGAGGGCGUCCAGUCAUAGAAUGGUGCCAAAAUUCGAUGUUGUGAGACAACCAAAGGAGGGAGAUUUACACCGGCCUGUGAUGAGCCCAGAGGCACACAGAUCCAUGAGCCCAGAGGGACACAGAGCAAUGAGCCCAGAGGGACUCAGAUCCAUGAGCCCAGAGGCACACAGAUCCAUGAGCCCAGAGGCACACAGAUCCAUGAGCCCAGACGCACACAGAGCAAUGAGCCCAGAGGCACACAGAUCCAUGAGCCCAGAGGGACACAGAGCAAUGAGCCCAGAGGCACACAGAGCAAUGAGCCCAGAGGCACACAGAGCCAUGAGCCCAGAGGCACACAGAGCAAUGAGUCCAGAGGCACACAGAGCCAUGAGCCCAGAGGCACACAGAGCCAUGAGCCCAGAGGCACACAGAGCAAUGAGCCCAGAGGCACACAGAGCAAUGAGCCCAGAGGAACUCAGAGGAGUGACGAAGCUGGAGGAGCAGCGGAACGCCAUGAACGCGAAGCUUCUGAGAGCGAAGCUCGAGAGCCCCCGAGCGAUGCCCGGAAUGGAAAGUGUGCGGCUCGCUCAGAACGUGAAGACUCCCAAGAUGCACGAGGACAUCGAUGGCUUCCAUAAAGCGGAAUCAUCGGAAGGUCAGAACCACAUCAUGGCGGGUGAGGGCGAGUGCGACGGUUUUUCCAUCAACGGCAAGGGGCUGAUCCUCCAGGAGAGAGAUGCCAGUAAGGGAACGGAGGCUCCGGGUCUGAGGCAGCUGAGGUUCGCGGGCACCAGGACGGGCCAGCAGCAGCAGCAGCUGUGUUCUCCACAAUACGGAGCAAAGUCACCGACCAAGUCCAACCUCGAGGCUCAGCCGGAGUCUCCGAGGAGGCUGGUCCAAGCGCUGUCUCCUCAGGGCUCUGCCGCGGGCCCCUCCAUCGAGGAGAAGGUGAUGCAGGGCAUUCAGGCGAACAUGCUGCGCAAGGAGCAGCAGGGAGUGUCUCGCGCCGGCGUGAGCGCCACUGAGACGAAGCCCAAGUCGGGCGCGGCCUCGUCCAUCGCCAGCUGGUUCGGCUUCCGCAGGCACAAGACGGCGGCGACCGCGGCGACGGUGGCGGGGACGGCGGCGGGGACGGCGACUCCGGCCAAAAAAAUGGAGGCGCCCACCGGCGACGUAAAGAAGGCGGAAGUGGAGAAGCAGGAGCCGAAGAAGGGCGGAGACGGCAAGGCGGAGGUGCAGAGGAAAGAGGAGAAGAAGGAAUGGGCGCCCCUGAGCCGGCGCCUCAAGCCUCGCGGCAAGCGGGUGGAGGCCAAGCAGCCGGCGGACAAGCCGGCGCCCGACGCGCAGGGGAGCCGCUCGUCGCCCGACGGCAGCGCCCGGCACGACGCGCACGGCGGCGGCGGCGUGGACGGAGCGGUGGUCACCGCCAGCAGCCCCUCCAGCGGAGAGUUCCUGCAGGAGAUACUGAGCCGGGUUGAAAAGCGAACGAUGUCCCCUAAUCGUGCCCCGGAGGAUUCUGGGAGAAAACUCGACCCGACAUUACGCCCUCCCCAUCGCGCGCUACUCCCACCUGACAAGCAGCCAAUGGCGUCGCCCGUGGAGUCUGACUCCUAUGGAUUGUCACUGGUGGGGCUGCUGAAGGGUCCGGGACGAGGCAGCGAUGGGGAGCUCCUGGGCGUGUGGAGGCAGGAGCAGGAGCAGGAGGAGUCCUCUGCCCUGCAGCUGUCAGAGUGGUCACCCAAGAUCCCGCGAAGACAGCCCAACCACCUCGGGCGUGUGGGCGAGGGUGGGGACGGCUCUGAAGCCACGCUCACGCUUGAGACGGCGCUUGCUGGGGAAUCUGCGAGAAGUCACGCAGCAGGCUUUCACUGCCAGAUGCGAACCCUAGACAGCGGCAUCGGCACCUUCCCCCCACCAGACCCCUCCGGCCGAGGUGUGGGGCGCAGCUCCUCCCGCCGCGGGGCCAAGCCCGAGUCCCACAAUACCCUGCAACAGCCCCACAAUGCAAUGCAGUUUACCCACAUCACAUCUCCGGCCGCCUCUCCCGGCUCCGCUCGCCGCACGCUGCCCCCGCCGCAGCAGCAGCAGCAGCCACGUGGCAGCUUUCAGCCGCCGUGCCAGCAGCCGGCCGCGCCCGUCCACGGCCAGACUGGGGCACCGGCGGGAGGUGGCGGCAGGGGAGCGGGCGUGAGCGGCGGCACCACGAAGGCCAAAACGCUGGACCGGGAGACGGCGCCGGGCGUGGGGGGCGGAGGGGGCUGCGUGGGCGACGGCGCCGACAGGAUGAGUCACUCGCUGUCCGACCCAAGCAUGGCCGCGCGCGCCUCGAGGGCAGCGCAGAGUCGCCUACCCAAGCCCGUCAUCGCAGUUCCCGUCAAGUUGCCGGCGGCGGCGGUGCUCGGCACAGAGCGAGCCGACGGCGACGACGACGACGAAGAGGAGGCGGUGGCCGCGCACCACGGGGCUCUGCUGCGUACGCGAGCGCCGGCAUUGGGGGGCCGCUCCGCGCCGCUCGGCCUCAAGCGGCUGCCACUCGCCAUGCCGCAGCAGGAGCUGGCGCUGCCCGACGUCUUCCUGACGGAGAGCAGCAGCGGUAGCAGCAGCAGUGAGGACGAGAGCGAGGAGGGGGGUGUGGUGAUGCCACGUCCCCUGGGCGCCCCUUCCACCGACAUUUACGCCAAACUGCAGAGGGCCAACCGAGUCAUGAGGAAACAUCUGGUGCUGCCCGCCUGCGCCCCGCCGGCUCCCAUCUCCCUGGCGGACGCCUUCCACCACGGCUCGUACCAGCGUGCUCCCUGCCGCCCCUUCGGCGAGCGCACCACCAUCGUGCCCUUUGACCUUCUCAUGGAGGGCGAGGAGGAGGAGGAAGAGGAUGACGAGGAGAGGGAGGGCGACGGCGGGGGCCAGCGAGCCGCGGCCGGCCCCGACGGCGCCUUCCCGCAGCAGCAGCAGCAGCAGCAGCGGCGGCGGCGGUGCCACGUGGCGGCGGUGCCGGGGGCCUUCACGCCGGCGGCGCUCGGGCCGGGGGGCGUCGUCCGCUCGCCGCGGGGCCCGGCGACGACGCCCAAGGACGGCGGCGAGAGCGAGGAUCGCGCGGGCGACGACGCGUCCUUCGCGUCCGGCAAGGCGACGGGAGACAACGUGGAGUCGCUGAGCGACUCGCUCUACGACUCCUUCUCGUCCACGGCCAGCCAGCUGUCCAACGAGGCGUGAGAGAGACGCCGGAGCGCACGACGAGCCGCACGACGACGCCGGCCCCCGGAACACCUCGCCUCGCGAUCGGAGCGGGAUCUCGCGAUGAGCGGACGCCAACGAUGGCUCGUGCGGUCAAAAUGGUUUUGGAAGAACGUUUUCUAGGAUCGCGAGAUUUUUUUAAUCAUCUGAAAGAAAAAAAACGUCUCGACGCUCGAAAAUGGUUCCACGUCGAGAAUGUGUCGAUGAGCGUUUGAUACGAUUCGCCAGUUUUCCAUCUUUUUUUUCUACUUCCCUGAGAGCAGACGGUGGGAUUGGACCAUCUCGCACCCAACGCUGUUACGCGAGAAGAAGUUUGGCGCCGUUUAACUGCACCAUUUUCCCUUUAUCGCGGCAGUAAAAGGCAUAUCAAUAUAUCCAUGCGUUAUUAAAUACGUAUCUUCAUGGAAACUGUUUUUAAUUUAACCACCCCAAAAAAAUGUGUUUUACAUUUUUAAAACCAUUUGGAAUAAUUCAUCGAACGGCGGACACACACACACACACCCGCGCACGUGCGCUGCGUGAACAUCGCCUCUGCCGUGCGGCUGAGGCGACAAGGUUGCGAUACGGGGGGGGGGGGGGGCGGCUCUCGGCGCCGUCGCUUGAGCCACCGUGCGGACGUGUAAAUUAUUUCGGUGUUAUUGGUGCUAGGGGCACUUCUGUGCCGCGGUGGCGCCGUCGCCACGCGGAAGGAGCGGCCCGAAAUCUGCUGCCAGAGUCGCGGAACCGGCGGUGAAAUCCUUCACCCCCCCCCCCCCUCGCGACGUGCAAAAAACCAAACGCCUGCCUGCAGCACUUCCUGCCCUCCCACUUGAAAAAGAUUAAGAGAAAAGGAACCUCUGAGGACAUCUGUUUACAUGUGUAAGAAGAAUUAUGUUUUUUGUACACGGUUUAAAUGUUUCGAGCACAGGGACACGACACUACUGGGAACCGACUCCUCCGAGGUCGCCGAGGUGCACGGCUCUGCGUGGCGGCCACGUGCGUCGUCUUCAGUGCUGCGAAUCUUCUCCGAGGAUUCUGUGAAGAAUUUCGCGGAUCCGGUUGAGCCUCCUCGUGGGGAAGCGGAGCUGUGCGCAACAGCGACGCACGAAUCUGUUUGCACAAAUCAAGCGCCGUUUUUAUAACCGGAUGAGAACACAAUGAAGAUUCAACGUUUCUCUUGUCAUGGAGAUGCUGUUGCUCCCACCCCACUCCCCAUCCCAAGCAAAGUAUUUAUAUAAGAAGAGUUUGAGCAGCUUCUGCAUUCAGGUGAACUCUGCCCCCUUUACCUCUGCCCGGGAUGGAUCGGCGUCAUCCCCUUCGACUCUCGGCGCGUCUCGCGACGUCGAGAAUUCUCGGCGUCGGCUCCUCGCUCACCUUUCAUGCCGCGUAAAAACAGAGCAAGCGGCGCGUCACGGCAACGCUGACGGGGGUUUUUUUCUAGCGUGCGGUGUAUAUUGUAAGCAUAGUCUUGAUGCUUCCACGAUGUAAGGAACGUGUACAUAUUGUCCUCUGUUAGGUGGUCGAUCGGUCCGCCCCUGUGCGUGCGUGCGAGCCUCUUGUUUGGAUGGACUUUGUUUUGCUCCCGAAGCUCCCUCCGCCUGUGCUCCCUGAUGAAACGGAGCGACGUGUCGAGCCGAAGCCUGUGUCAGGAGAGAGAGGGGGGGGGGGGAGACGUCGAGGGAGUGAGGAAAGAGAGAGCGGGAGAGGGCGUCGCGUGAGAUUGGCGGCCGACAGCUCCGUUCGUGAAUAGCGACCUGCGCCGCGUGUUAUAAGACGCGUCAACUCCUGCCAGGGUUGACCCGCCAACUUCGUACCAGUAUUCUGCGUAUUUCAAAACAAAAGUAUAACAUUUAAUAAACAUUUCUUCACGCACAAACACGCACACACACAAACUCGCAUAAAGGCAAAACGAAAAAAACGAAAAACACUGGCAUCGGAUGUAAUUUCUUUCUAUAGUGUGCAAAUAUUUAUCUAAACCUUUUGUACAUGUACGUGUAAAGUAGCUGAGUAUAUUUUCUUCAGAACGCACUUCUCUCCCUCCCGACGCUUUGUUUUGCCGUAGGGCGUGGACGCGUUUGGACAUCGCCCCCCCCCCCUGGCCACACCCUCCCCCUCGCCAAGCCCCCCACGCCCCCCACGCCUCCCAGGCCCCCCACGCCCCCCACGCCCCUCGCCACUCCCCCGCACGCGGCGUUGAGGGGGGGGGGGGGUACCCUCGUCAUUUUCCUCCGUUCAGUGCAAUCUCAUAGGGUUGGGAUCGUCUCUUGUUCUGCCUGUUUGAGUUUGGUGUCAAGUUUCGUGUAAUUAAUAAA